CCAUAAUUUGUUGUUUCUUAUUUGGCAUAGCAACCAUGAAAACUGAAGAAGCAUCGUCUUCUUCUGCAACACCGAACGGCGAUGGAGGACGAAGACGGAAGAAGAACAAAGCGAACCAGAAGGUUCCAUUCUACAAGCUUUUCUCUUUCGCGGAUCGCCUCGACGUUAUAUUGAUGAUUGUUGGAACACUCUCUGCAAUCGGCAAUGGCAUGUCUCAGCCUCUAAUGACUCUUAUCUUCGGCAAGCUUAUCAACACUUUCGGUUCCGGUGAUCCAUCUCAUAUCGUCAAGGAAGUUUCAAAGGUUGCAAUACUGUUUGUUUACCUGGCUAUUUGGUCUGGAAUUACAUCGUUUCUUCAGGUAUCUUGUUGGAUGGUGACAGGAGAAAGACAAGCAGCUAGGAUCCGUGGUUUGUACUUGAAAACUAUAUUGAAGCAAGACAUUGCCUUCUUUGACACUGAAACAACAACCGGAGAGGUCAUUGGUAGAAUGUCUGGCGACACUAUUCUCAUUCAAGAUGCCAUGGGAGAAAAGGUUGGGAAGUUUAUUCAACUUGGUUCAACCUUUGUUGGUGGCUUUGUGAUUGCCUUCAUAAAAGGAUGGAGGCUCGCUGUAGUUCUUCUUGCAUGUAUACCAUGUGUGGUGGUUGCUGGUGGAACUAUGGCCAUGAUGAUGGCUAAAAUGGCUAGCCGAGGACAGAUUGCGUAUGCAGAAGCAGGGAAUGUUGUUGAACAAACAGUUGGAGCCAUUAGAACUGUUGCAUCUUUUACUGGGGAGAAGAAAGCAAUAGAAAAGUACAAUAUUAAGUUAAAAGUCGCAUAUACUACAAUGGUUCAACAAGGAAUGGCAUCAGGUAUAGGACUUGGAGCACUUCUGUUCAUUAUCUUCAGCACCUAUGGGCUUGCCAUGUGGUAUGGUUCCAAGCUCAUCAUCGAGAGGGGAUACAAUGGUGGAACAGUAAUCAAUGUAAUCAUUGCUCUUAUGACCGGUGGAAUGUCACUUGGUCAGACAUCUCCUUGCGUAAAUGCAUUUGCAGCAGGCAGAGCAGCAGCAUUUAAGAUGUUUGAGACAAUAGAAAGGAAACCAAAAAUUGAUGCAUAUGACACAAACGGUGUUGUCUUGGAAGACAUUAAGGGAGAUAUUGAACUCAAAGAUGUUUACUUCAGAUAUCCUGCUAGGCCAGAUGUGCAGAUCUUUGCUGGAUUCUCAUUAUGUGUUCCAAAUGGCACAACUGCUGCUUUGGUUGGUCAAAGUGGCAGUGGCAAAUCAACUGUGAUAAGCUUAUUGGAAAGAUUCUAUGAUCCUGAUGCUGGAGAAGUACUCAUAGAUGGGGUCAACUUAAAGGAUUUCCAACUUAGAUGGAUAAGAGAACAAAUUGGUUUGGUUAGUCAAGAACCUACUCUUUUUACAGCUAGUAUCAAAGACAACAUUGCUUAUGGAAAAGAAGGUGCAACUGACGAGGAAAUAAUGACAGCAAUAACACUUGCCAAUGCCAAAAAAUUCAUUGACAAGUUGCCGCAGGGAAUUGACACAAUGGCAGGGGAGCAUGGCACGCAACUUUCUGGUGGCCAAAAGCAAAGAAUUGCCAUAGCAAGGGCAAUUUUGAAGAAUCCUAAAAUUCUGCUUUUGGAUGAAGCCACAAGUGCAUUGGAUGCUGAAUCUGAACGUGUUGUUCAAGAAGCCUUAGAGAAAGCCAUGUCAAAUAGGACUACCGUAGUUGUUGCACAUCGUUUAACAACUAUUAGGAAUGCUGACACUAUUGCAGUGGUUCAACAGGGGAAAAUCGUAGAACAAGGGUCUCAUGAUGAGUUAAUCAAGGACCCUGAGGGUCCUUAUUCUCAGCUUAUUCGCUUACAAGAAGGACAAAAAAAUGAGGAUGAAGAUAGCAGAAUUUUUGAAGCAGAUUUAGAUAGAGCUUCCUUCCACAAACCAUCGAAUUUGAGAUCAUUAAGCCGAGGUUCAUCAGGGAGCAGGCGUUCUCAUUCAAAUAACAUUGUUGCCCCUUUAACUUCACAAAGUUCAGUACAAGAAAUAGGUGAUGGCGACGUUGAAACUGGUGAACGAAGUGAUAAGAAGCGCAAAAGCGUUUCAAUGAAACGUUUGGCCUAUUUGAACAAGCCUGAACUUCCUGUGUUACUGCUUGGAGGCAUCGCUGCAGCAGUGCAUGGAGUUAUAUUCCCCAUAUUUGGCCUAUUGCUUUCAUCAGCCAUCAAAAUGUUCUUUGAGCCUCCACAUCAGCUAAGGAAGGAUUCUAGGUUCUGGUCACUUUUGUAUGUUGGUUUGGGUUUGCUCACUCUCAUGGCUAUACCAGUGCAGAAUUACUUCUUUGGGAUUGCUGGUGGAAAACUCAUUGAAAGGAUUCGCUCGUUGACAUUCCAGAAGGUUGUGCACCAAGAAAUCAGUUGGUUUGAUCAUCCUGAAAACGCAAGUGGUGCAAUCGGCGCAAGGCUAUCUACUGAUGCUUCAACAGUGAGGAGUCUUGUCGGUGACACAUUGGCCCUCAUUGUGCAAAACAUAUCCACAAUCAUAGCAGGCCUAGUUAUAGCUUUCACUGCUAAUUGGAUUCUAGCUUUUGUAGUCCUGGCUGUGUCACCAUGUGUUCUCAUCCAAGGAUUCCUUCAGAUGAAAUUUCUAAGAGGGUUCAGUGCUGAUGCCAAGUUGAUGUAUGAAGAGGCAAGUCAAGUGGCAAAUGAUGCUGUUGGUAGCAUUAGAACCGUUGCAUCGUUUUGUGCAGAACCAAAGGUGAUGGAUAUGUAUAGGAAGAAGUGUAUAGGACCAGAAAAACAAGGUGUAAGGUUGGGGCUUGUUAGCGGAGCAGGAUUUGGUUUCUCAUUUGUUGCUCUAUACUGCACAAAUGCCUUUUGUUUCUACAUAGGAUCUGUUCUUGUGCAGCAUGGGGAAGCAACAUUUUCAGAGGUUUUCAGGGUUUUCUUUUGCCUCACAAUGACAGCAAUCGGCGUUUCCCAGACUAGUGCCUUGGCACCAGACACAAAUAAGGCCAAGGAUUCCGCAGCUUCAAUAUUUGAAAUCCUUGAUAGCAAACCAAUGAUUGACUCCAGCAGCAAUGAGGGAAUGACACUAGACAAUGUUGUUGGUGCCAUUGAACUUCAAAAUGUCAGCUUUAGUUACCCAACAAGGCCUGACAUCCAAAUUUUCAAAGAUUUAUGUCUAAGCAUCCCUGCUGGGAAGACUGUUGCAUUGGUUGGAGAAAGUGGAAGUGGAAAAUCAACAGUGAUCAGCCUCUUAGAAAGAUUCUACAACCCUGAUUCCGGACAGAUACUCCUUGAUGAAGUGGACAUCACUAAGUUCAGAAUAAGCUGGUUGAGGCAACAAAUGGGUUUGGUUGGUCAAGAGCCAAUUCUCUUCAAUGAAAGCAUCCGUGACAACAUAGCAUAUGGCAAAGAAGGAUGUGCCACUGAGGAAGAGAUCAUUGCAGCAGCAGAAGCAGCCAAUGCACACAAUUUUAUAAGCUCUCUUCCGAAAGGAUAUGACACUACUGUUGGUGAAAGAGGGACACAACUCUCUGGUGGACAGAAGCAGCGUAUUGCCAUUGCAAGAGCCAUGCUUAAACAGCCUAAGAUACUAUUGCUCGAUGAAGCAACAAGUGCACUUGAUGCUGAAUCAGAGCGUGUGGUUCAAGAGGCUCUAGAUAGAGUGAGUGUGGACAGAACUACUGUGGUGGUAGCUCAUAGGCUUUCAACAAUCAAAGGUGCUGAUAUCAUUGCUGUAGUGAAGAAUGGAGUGAUUGCUGAGAAGGGAAGACAUGAUUCUUUGAUGAAGAUUGAGGGUGGCACUUAUGCUUCCUUGGUAGCUCUACAUAUGAGUGCAUCCUAAGAUAAUAUUCCCUCUGAGAAAAAAAAAAUAAAUAGAGAGUAGAACACGCCAAAUCCAGGGAACACUUUUUAAAAAAAAUUAAAAAGAUAUUUGGAGAACCAUUUUCUUUUAGUAGAAUACACAUUAGAGUUUAUCUUUGAAUUCCUCUACUUGUAGAUUUUUCCAGGAUUGAUUGAUUGGAGUUUACCGUUAUUUUUAUCUUUUUGUAACUUGUAAUUUGAUGAUAUAUUUUUUUAAUCAAAUUUUGAGAAAUAUAGUAAAAUCACAAUAUUUUU